AUUAACUACGUACGUAAUCGGUACAGUUUUUUUUUUCGAAUAACAGCGAGCGUCGCAUACGUUAUUAACACAAGUUUCUGUACCAACUGUUGACUUGCUUUGGUUCGUUGUGAACGUUGAAAUUUGCGGUGAUAUCGAGCAUUAUGGCGUUUCUAAAAAGUAUAAUAUUGGUGGUUUUUUGCAUUGGAUGGGUAAAAGCUGUCCAGUAUGAUUUCGACGCUGAAUUCAACAGAAUCUUCCACCAAAUUAGGAAUUCGUUUGAGAAUGCAUGGAAGUGGAUGAACACGGCAGCUGACAGAAGUUUUAUACGUAUAAAUGAGAUAUUCAGGGCGAGGAAACCUGUAGAGCUAGGUCGUCUUCAUAAAUAUCAAGACGUUAUACCACCAAAUAAUACUCCAACGAGCCUAGAAAAUGCACCGAUUCAAGCGGAAAGCCCAAAUACUCAAAAUUCAUCCGCAAUUGGAACACCUAAGUCACAACCAUCAUCAUCUGUAGAACAACUCGGCUCCCCGAUUAUUCCUCCAGAAUCGGUCAGUCUUAAAAAAACUGAAGAUAAUUCGAAAAUACCUCCAAAUAAUACCGUAGAGGUACCUCAACAACCAAUGAACUCAUCGGAACCUCAGAGUAACGACUCUCAAGCAAAACAACCCAACGAAGACCAAGUUCACUCUGAGAUACAACCACCUACGAAAUUACCAGAACCUCACAGUGAUGAUGUUUCUUCAGCCAAAGAGUCCACUAUGGAUGAAGUUCACCCUGAGACGCAAACAGAAGCUGUAAUUCCAUUAAAGGAAGAACCAACGAAGAGUAAAAUGGAAUUAUCGUUGGUUCAAGAUGUUGGAACCGGAGAUUCCCAAGCCACUGAGAAUCAACCCGAAUCUGAUAUGAAAAUAACCGAGGAUGAGAAAGAAAUGCCGAUUUUGAUAACCGAUCGACCAGAACGUAUUGAAUUGGAGACGAAAAGAGUAUUACCAUCCAUUUACGACCAACAAAAUAUCAUAAUUUUAUUCCUAUUCUUUUUAAUUAUUCUUAUGAGUAUUUAUUUCUUUUUAUUAGAUCGAACUCGUAGUUGCCCUACUAUUGUUAUACAAAGAGAUCUGUGUGGUAAUUUAAAACCGACCAUGGAUCUUUAUAAGAAAUAAGUUUACUAUUUGUUUUAUCAUCUCUCUAUUUUUAUUGUAAGUACCUAUUUUAUUACCUAUUUAUUAUGUUUCGAAAAUUUUCAUACUUGACUAAAUAAGCCUAUAAGUAUCUAUCAUUAGUGUAUUCUACUAAAACAAGAAAGCUUAUUAUUAAAUUCAUUAAACUAACGAUGUAUUGUUACAUAAUAAUUAUUGUCUAGUUAUUAAGAGAAAUAGUACGAAGGUAGUCUAUUUUUGACGACGAAAUAUCAAUACUGUUAGGUAUUAAUUCAAGUCUUCAGAAAUUUUAGGAAUAUAAAAUUAAGAGACUCUUAUGAUUAUUCAAGUUUUUUCUUUGUUUUGAUUUUUGCAAUAAAAGUUGUACUUUAUA